AUGAGUGAACAAUGUCAGAUGACUUGGGUUCCGGAUUCUGAAGAGGUAUUUGUGAAGGGACAGUUGAUUUCCACAAAGACUAUUAGAAACAAACAGAACAAGGAUGAGAACAUAUGUAUUGUGGUUGUGAAUGGGAAGGAGCGGGAAGUGCGAGAGGAUUUAACGGCUCCCGUUAAUCCAUCUACUUUUGAUAAGAUAGAUGAUAUGUCAGAAUUAACUCAUCUUAACGAGCCUUCUGUGUUGUACAAUUUGGAGAACAGAUACAAGGAUGAUUUGAUAUAUACGUAUUCUGGUCUUUUCCUUGUGGCUUUGAAUCCAUAUAGUAACAUCAGAAUAUACACUCAAGAAUAUGUGAACUUAUAUCAUGGGUCGCCUAAAGAGGACAACAAGCCGCAUAUUUUUGCAGUAGCGGAACAGGCUUAUAGGAAAUUGUUAACUCAGAAGCAAGACCAAUCGGUGUUGGUUACGGGGGAGUCAGGAGCGGGGAAGACGGAGAAUACUAAGAAAAUAUUGCAAUAUCUAGCUUCUAUUACGACGGAUGAGAAGCUACUUACGGUGAACACAGAGUCAUUUGAGAGGAAGAUAUUGCAGUCAAACCCUAUAUUAGAAUCGUUUGGUAAUGCGCAAACAGUUCGUAAUAACAAUUCAUCAAGGUUUGGUAAGUUUAUAAAAAUUGAGUUUGAUGAGCUGGGGAAGAUAAAUGGGGCUCAUAUCGAAUGGUAUCUAUUAGAAAAAUCGAGGGUUAUUCAACAAAAUGUGAGGGAACGUAAUUAUCAUGUUUUUUAUCAAUUGUUAUCUGGCAUGACCAAAGAGGAAUUAAAAAAAAUAGACUUAAUCUCUAAUUCAAUUUCAGAUUAUGCUUAUUUGCGGGAUUCAAACCCAUCAAUUCCAGGAGUUGAUGAUUGUAACGAUUUCCGUGAAUUAUUGGCAGCGUUCAAAGUUGUUGGAUUUUCGGAAGAUGAUGUUACUGAUAUUUUCAAAUGUAUUGCCAUUAUUCUACAUAUAGGUAAUGUACAAUUCCACUCUGACAGAACUGAACAGGCCUCGAUUAAAAAUGACAUUUCCAAACUAUGUAAGUUGUUAGGAGUGGAGGAGGCUGAGUUUAAAACAGCUGUUUUAAAACCCAAAUCUAAAGCGGGCAAGGAAUGGGUAUUUCAGGCAAAAAAUGCGGCACAGUCACGUUUCAUCCUAAAUUCCUUGUCGAGGUCUUUAUAUGAGAAGCUUUUUAGUCAUAUUGUCCACAGAAUCAACAAGAAUUUGGACCAUGGUGCAGUAACAGAAAAUUACAUUGGGUUACUCGAUAUCGCAGGUUUUGAAAUUUUUAAGGACAACUCAUUUGAACAAUUGUGUAUUAACUACACUAAUGAAAAGUUGCAACAAUUUUUUAACCAUCAUAUGUUCGUUUUAGAACAGAACGAAUAUUUAAAAGAAAAUAUUCGAUGGGAUUUUAUUGACUAUGGUAAAGACUUGCAGUAUACCAUUGAUUUAAUUGAAAAGAAGAAUCAACCCGCAGGUAUUCUAUCAAUUCUUGAUGAGGAGUCGAUUUUGCCAAAAUCUACCGAUGAGUCGUUCUAUUCUAAGCUUAUGUCAGCUUGGGAUAGUAAUUCCUCUAAAUUUAAACGUUCAAAACUUCCAAGAUGUUUUGUCCUUGAACACUAUGCAGCCAACGUUGAGUAUAAUAUUGAUGGUUGGCUAUCAAAAAAUAAAGAUCCAUUAAAUGAUAACUUGUUGUCUGUAUUAACAGGAUCAUCAAAUGCAUUGAUAUCGGCAUUUUACAAUGAACAUCUUGGUCGUAGCAUGAGUAAAACUGCGUCCACUCGUCAUAAGGAGCAACUUACUGUAUUACUUGAGCAAUUAUCAUCCACAGAUCCACACUUUGUGCGUUGUAUUGUCCCAAACACCAAGAAAAAGGCUAAAAAUUUCGAUAGGAAGUUAAUUUUGGAUCAAUUGCGUUGCAAUGGUGUUUUAGAAGGCAUCAGAAUUGCGAGGGAGGGAUAUCCUAACCGAAUCUUCUUUAAAGAGUUCUAUCAGAGGUAUAAGAUUCUUUCUAAAGAAUACAGAUUCUCAAAUAACUCUAAAAAGAAUUGCGAAGUAUUACUUUCUUUCCUACGACUAGAUCCAACUGUAUACAAAGUGGGUAAUACUAAACUAUUUUUCAAAGCAGGUGUCUUGGCCCAAUUGGAAUCCCAAAAGGAAGAUAAGAUUGCCAAAAUUGUGACAAAGAUGAACAGUAUUAUUCAAGGUAAGAUUAUUAGGGCCUCAGUUAACCAACAAGUCCAAAAGUUGCAAGCAGCAAAAGUUUUGAGUUCCACAUUUAAUCUAUAUGCUAAGCUGAUGGAAGAUCCAUGGUACAACUUGUAUAUUAAGAUUAAGCCUAUGUUAGGAUCAUCCCAGUCUUUAGCAAGGUCCAAAAAAAUUGCUGAACAGAUAAAGCAAUUGGAGAAAGAAUUAAAUGUAGUUAAAGGUGAAAAGAAGCAUCUGGAAACUAAGCAUAUCAACGUGGAAAAAGAGCUACAAGAAGUUCGCGCCUUACUAUUAACAGAAACAGAAAAACUACAGAACUAUCAGCGUUUGUACGAAUCAACGAAAAAAAGGGAACAGGAACUACAGGUUGCAUACGAUGAGGCAGUUAAAUUUAGAGAUACCCUAAAAUCAGAAGAAUCCUUGAGCCAAGAAGAAUACUCGAAGUUCCAAGACGAUUUGAAGCAAUUAAGAAACUUUAGAGAUGAAAGUACUGCAAAGAUUAAGCAGUUAGAGUCUGAAAAGGCCCAACUUUUGAAUCAAAUAAAGACUAUGAAAUCCGAAGCAGACAGCGGGGAAAAAUAUGAAAAUAAGUAUAAUGCAGAAAAGGCUGCUUUAGAAGAAGAGUUGAAAAAGCUGCAAAAUGAAUUGCGCAUAAAAGUGAAGAAGUCAAGUGAUCUUGAAGCGGCGGCAAAUAACUCUAAUGUAGAACUGAAAACAAAAGUACAACAAUUGGAAAGAGGGGUUUCUAGUACAAGCAGAAGACUAGAAGAUCUUGUAAGCGAAAAUAAAACUUUGAAGUUUGAGUUAGAACGGGCAAGGAAAGAACAUCAAGAUGCUCAUCGACAUCUAGCUUCGAAAACAAAAGAGUUGGCAAGGUUGACUGAACGUUUUGAAGUUGAAAAAGCACAGGUAACAGCUCUGACAAAAGAAAGGGAUUCUCUUAUUACAGGUAAUGAAAGCAUUACCAGUGAAUUAAGACAGUCUAGGACCGAAGCCAACGAGUUUAAGAAAAAAUUUGAGGAGCUGAAGCCCUCAGCAGAAUCAACAAAAGAAGAUUUAUUUAUGCCCAGCCCUUCUUCUCCGGGAGGUUUAAUCAAUAUUGAGAAUAAAGUUAAUAUAUUAGAAGAUGAAUUGGCCAAAGAGCGUGCUAUGAAUCGAUUUUUGAAUGAAAAACUACUAUCUAAUUUUCAUGGGAAGGGUGCUUUUCAUGAAAUGCAACAUAGGGAUCAUUUGGAUGGUGAUGAUCUUAAUAAUAAUUUCGAGGAAAUUAAAUUAAAGUUGAGAAAGACAUCCUUUAGACUAGAAAAGGAGUUAGAAGAGAAGAAGGAAUUAAUUUCUCGUUUGCGUUUUACCGAAACUAGAUUGGCAUCAUCGUCAUUUGACAAUCAAACGAUAUGUACUCAGUUGAAAAAGUUAAAAGAAUUGGUCCAAAAGUCCAAUUCAAAUAUCAAUAUUGAGAAGGAAUUGGAGGAAGUUGAUAUAAUUGAAUUUAAUCAUGAGAAGUUGUUGUUAGAAAUUGAUUUUUUGAAAAGACAAUAUGAACACGAGAAGAAUGCACGUGUAAAUGCAGAACAUGUUGCAUCUUCACUUCACAGCAAAUUCAGGCAGAUUCAACGUUCAGAUUCAGUUCCGGAUAUUUAUAAGUUAAAAUAUGAAGCCAGUGAAGAACGUGUUAGGGCCUUAGAAGGUAAAUUACUUCAGUCUCCAAGAAAAGACAAGACAAAUACUGCCAAUGGAGAAAUAUUUCUACAUCGUGAAUCAAUCUCCAAGUAUGAAGAUGAAUUAAAACUGCACAAAUUAGAGAAUUACAAACUACAAGAUUAUUUAAAAGAGUGUAAUAAGCAGAUCAACUCCUUGAAUCAUGACCUCAAGAUUUCUAAGGUGACUGAAAACGCACUCAGAGAACAAUGUUCACAAUUGGAACAAGAUCUUCUGUCUACUGAGAAACAGAAGCAAUUGUUGCAAUCGAGUGUGAAGCACCAUCAAAAUCAAUAUGAAAACUGUAUUAAUGAUUUACAUGCUACGGAGGCCCAAAUGAGGGACCUUGUACAUUCUUUGAAACAGUCAGAAGAGGAUAUUCAAACGAUGACUGAUUUGAUUCAAAAAUUGCGGAGCCAAAACAAGCAGAAAGAGGUCUUGAUCUGGGAUUUAGAGAAAGCAUUAGGACAUUUAGAAGGGCAGCUUGGUGAGCGUAACAUUGAACUGCAAAAGCUAAAUUCCCUGAACCAAGUUUUGUCUGAUGAUCUGAAUCACUUUAAGGAUCGCAUAAAGGUCACUGAAGAUAACAGCAAAUAUUUGGCUGAGAUUGGAAGAUUAAAAACCGAAUUGGACGCUUCUCUGAGGACUGAAACAGAGCUUAAGAAGGAGAUUUCUAACCUGACUUACCAUAGAAAUGCAUUCCAGGCUGAUUCGGAAUCCAAGAUCGUUAACCUAGUACAACAAAAUAGCCAUUAUGAGAAGUUCCUGCAAGAUUUGGGGGCUCAAAAAGAUGCAUCAGAACAGGUUCAAAAUGCAUUACAAGCUAAAGUCAAGUCCUUGGGGCUAAAGGUAGAUAGGUUGAAUGAUGAUCUCAAUGUUUUAACACAGGAAAAGGAAAAAUUGGAGCAAGAAAGAAAUUAUUUGAAAGCAAAACUCCAAGAUUCCAAUGUAGACUUUGAAAAAUCUGUGAAUGAUAGGGAUAAUAUAUUUAAUGAACUCGAGUUUUUGAGAGAAUCAUUGGCGUUGCAGCAACAACAAACUGAAAGGAAUGAAGCUUUUGUUGAGAAGCUACAAGAAGAAAUCCAAUUGGCUAAGGAUGCCUUUACUCAAGAGAAGGAAAAGAAUAUCGAAUUGUUUGAGGAAAACCAAUCGUUGGGCAAGUCGAACCUGCAGUUACGUCAACAUGUAGAAAAAUUAGAGCACGAUUUAUCAGAUACUUCAGAAAAGAAUGCAUGGGUUGAUAGAAUUCAUGAACUAGAAUCUAAACUAAAGGAGGAAUCCGAAUUAAAGUUCGAAGAAAUGAAAAAGAGCCAGACUCUGUAUCGUACACUGGAAGAACUGAAUAGUGCUGCGGAUAAUCAAAAUAAGGCCAUUUCAAUUGCUGCUAAAGACAGAGAGUCUGUUGAAAAGCAGUUAUUUGAGGUCGGAGGUCGUGUUGAAGGAAUGGAGAAACACAUUUUACAACAAGAUGCUACUAUUAAAAGGUUGGAAAAAGAGAACAUAUAUUAUAAGGAUAGAGUGGCUGAAUUAGAACAAGAAACAUAUUUAUGGAAGGAGAGGUAUAAAGGAUUAUCAACUCAUCGUAGGAGUAUGGCCCAACCGACAGAAGAAGUUUUCAUAUAG